AUGCACUUCGAGGAACUACCCGUCGAGCUCAUUGCUGAAAUUCUAGGCGAACUGGAUCUCCAAUCACUGAUUACCAUGUCUCACGUCUCCAAACGCCUCUAUCUCGUCGCGUCGGACUCGGCACUCAACCCAUGGCGAAAACCGAUCCUAGCCAACUUGCAGUCCCAUCCAUACGAAGCCGCCCUGAAGCACCUCAGCGUUAGAAUGACAGUCCCUAGGCAGAACUGGAUUGAAAUUCUGAGUCUUGCAAGGCCUUCCUUUCUGCUAUACGAGGCAACAUUGCCCAACCUCAAGGCCACUGAAUGGGAAGAGUGUUUCCAACGUCGUUUUCUACCCGGCUGGGCAAAAUGGAAAAAGGAUGGUUCGUGGAAGGAAGUGUUCCUGAAGAUGCUUUACAGGAUCGUCCAUCGUGGUUCUACAUCCUGUACGGCUGAUGAGGCCUGGACCAAGUACAUCGUCUUGAACCGGAAUGGCUCAGCGAACGAGCUGGAAAUAUCCUCCCGCAACUUCAACCCCAUCAACAUUUUCAACGAAAUCAAGCUACAAAAUAACCUCGCUCAUUUGGAGACGCGCAUACGACUUGUUGUUGAAUUCAAAGACGUUAGAAUCUUGGCGUUUGGAACAAUGACCAAACCAAGAUCGCAGACUUCUGUCAACGCCAAUGCUCACCUCUUGUUGAACCCCCCAGGGAUAGACCCUAGCAGAGUAGUUGGAGAUAUGGAGUCUACAGUUGUGGUACAUGGAAAUGCGGUCAUCGACGAUCAUGGAGUGUACCCGUCAAUUUCGGAUCCGCUCACGCCCUCCUCGCCAACACAGCCUUCAGCCGCGUAUCCGUCUAGCUAUACGAGGAUACGGCGGCCCCUGCCUGCCGCCACACAUGCAAAAUAUCCCUUCUAUACCCCAGGUGGCGGGGAUAUUCGAUGGAAAGAUUCCGACGAAAUUAAUGGCCAGGGUGGACGAUGGGUCGGCAGUAUGAUGAUUACCACGCAGUUACUCGGUCCCAUAGCUGAAGGAGACGCUACGAUGCCCGGCCGCCAAUAUGCAUCGUUCACUUGGGCUGAUCUCUGGAUCAUCGCACCUUGGCUGGAGGACAUAAUAACCACAAGAGUAGACGGGCCCGGCUUGGGCCAUUGA